CGCUUUCCUGUGUGCAUGUCAAGAUCCUUCCUGAAUUCUGAACACAAGCACUUUGGCAUGAGAGAAUAGGCCCGCCUCUCCUGCUUAUCAGUAACCAGCUUAUGGAUCACUUGUCCCCAGCUGUUUCACGAAUAGUUGACUGUCAAAAUCCGAGUUAGGCAGAGCUAGUCCAAGUCCGAAACAACUUCCCUGUACAUGUACGUCUGCAGCCGUAUUCCGAAUACACCUGGAACUCUUCCUGAUCUAUCUACAUAUAUCAAAACCGACCCAUACAAACUCCCCGAUCAACUCGCAGUCGACCAGUCAAUCAAUCAAGAUCAACUAAAGCAUGUCGUCGGAUCACACGUCGUCGAGGUGCGCGACGGAGCGCGUGACGGGGACGCACGACAUGGUGGUGGCCAACUACUCGCUGCUCUCCGGCCACAUGGGCGCCGGCGCCGCCGUCAGCUCCGCGCCCUUCACCGUCGGCGGCUACGAAUGGGUCCUCAAGUUCUACCCGGACGGGGCCACGCUGGACGACACGGGCUGCGCUUCCGCGUACCUGUACCUGAACGCCAACCGCAACGCGCUGUCCGGCGCCCGCAUCAAGGCCAGCUUCACGCUCAGCCUCCUCGUGGGCCAGGGCGGCGGCAAGCUUAAGGCCUCCUCCUGCUUCGUGGGCCGCCGCCGCAGGAAGAGCACGCGUGACUUCCUCGCCGGGCCGGGCUGGGGCUGGGGCGCCUCGGGCUUCGGCCACUUCUUCUGGAAGCCCCUGCUGCGGCUCUCCCGGUGUCUUCCAGAAGACUGCCUCACCAUCCGGUGCGCCGUCACCGUUCUGAAGCCGCUCCCGGCGGAGGACACUUCGACGGCAGCAGCCACGGCGGUCCGGCUACUUCCUCCGGAGCUGCCGGGGCACCUCGAGCGCGCCCUCAAGGACGGGAACGGAGCCGACGUCACGUUCAAGGUCUGCGGCAUGGCGUUCGGCGCGCACAGGUUCAUGCUCGCGGCGCGGUCGCCGGUGUUCCGAGCCCAGCUCUUCGGCCCCAUGGCGCACAAGGAUGAUACUACUACUGCUACUACCACUACGCGGCGCGUGAUAGAGGUUGUCGACAUGGAGCCGGCCAUCUUCGGGAUGAUGCUUCACUACAUCUACACGGACUCGCUGCCGGUGCCGGUGCCGGGGAAGAAGAAGGGCGAAGGCCAAGGCCAUAGCGUGGCGGUGAUGCAGCAUCUGCUGGUCGCCGCGGACCGGUACGGGCUGGACAGGCUGAAGCUGAUGUGCGAGGAGAAGCUGUGCGAGGGGGUGGACGUCAAGACCGUCGCGACCACGUUGGCGUUGGCGGACCAGCACGACUGCAAACGGCUCAAGGACGUCUGCCUGGCGUUUAUGUCGCCGCCGAGAGUGCUGGAGGCUGUUUUGUCGACCGACGGGUACAAGCACCUCUUGGCGAGUUGCCAGUCCAUGGUCUUAGAGGAGGGCCUUGGGCACAAAAUACCGGUCCAGAAAAAGUAGAGCCCGACCAAGAAAUAGAGGAGCAAACAAGCUCAUGUAAAUCUUGCAGCAGGAGUAGUAGCAGUGGUAGUAGUGGUGGUGGUGGUCAUAGAGUGAGCAUCGUGUGAGUUCAGUACUACUGCAUGCAGCAGCCUUUCAGAAGGCCUCGUCAUGAUGUCCUCCACAUCGAGUGAUCAAUGUUGAUGCAUGUGUGAACAUGAAGCGAAA